GUGAAAGACCUUUUGAAUCCCAAACCUUUUCUGAAGAAUAUGACAGGAAAGCUGAUUUGCGUUAAGCUGAAGUGGGGUUUGGAGUAUCAGGGUCGUCUUGUUUCGUUCGACUCAUAUAUGAAUCUUCAGUUGUCUAACUGCGAAGAAUAUGUUGAUGGUAAGAGCACUGCCCUUUUAGGAGAUGUAUUGAUUCGAUGCAACAACGUCUUGUAUAUUCGCGAAGUUCCCGAUAAUGAAGGAGGCGACGAUAUGGAGACAGCUUAACCUUUGUGACAAU